AUGCCGUCCGUAGCUUCAACAUCGAAUAGGAUCAUUUCGAGGGCACUGGGCCGUGCGGCCACGCCCUGCCAAGCUCCGCUCCGCAUCGCCUUCACGAAGGUUCAUCGUGGCUUCGCAAGCAUUUCGUCAUCGUCGGCCACAGCGGCAUCGGCGUCGUCGUCUAGCGCCGGAAUACGUCGCACUCGACCGCACUCUGCUCAGCCAAUCUCGGCCAACAUUCGCUGCCAAUCGACAGCAUCUACAUCGACUCAAACUGUCCCCGCGUCAUCACGACCCUGUCCGUCAUGCCAAAGCGCUCUCCCCGCUUCCAUCGUCCCCACCUGCCCCUCUUGUUCCUCCAUCGUCCCUCCGCCCUUCGACACGACCUCUUUCCAGCUCUUCAACCUUGAGCCCAAGUAUGAGAUCGAUCUCCCUCAACUCAAACGCACUUUUUUGACGUAUCAGCAAAAGGUUCAUCCCGAUCUCUUUGCCGGUCAGGGGGACAAGGAGGCGUGGGCCAAAGUCUGGAGUGGGAGGGUCAACGACGAGUACAAGACCUUGGUUGAUAAGAGGAGGAGGGGAGAAUACUUGGUAAGUAGACAUUAUGUUACGGAUCGGUACGAUAGCAGUGCUUGCGGCUCUCAUCCUUGUCUAUUGCGCUCGCAGCUUCAACUUUCCCAAGUCGAGCUCGGCGAAGCAGAGGCCGUGACGGACCCCGAGUUGCUGAUGGCCAUCAUGGAGACAAGGGAGGCCUUGGAGGAUGCUCAGACCGAAGAGGAGGUCGCACAGAUCCGAUCAGACAACCAAAGUAGGUUCAUUCGCAAGCAGACUGCGACCCUUUUACGCCAGACGAUCAAGAUUGCUCACGACUCCCAACCCAUACGCUUGCCGCCGAACUAGAUCAAAUGGACGAAACGUUCCAAAGGCUCUCUCAAGCGUUCGAGGAUGCGCAAAAUCCUGAUUUAGGGCAGGCCAAGAACGCCAUCAUCAAGCUCAAGUACCUCGAGAACGUCGAGAAUGUCUGUCGAGAGUGGGCGCCGGGGAAGCCGAUCGAGAUCCAGCAUCAGUGA